CGAGCGUCAGUUUGAAGUUCUCAGUUUGAGCGAAUCUUUCAAAGUGAUCGGGCGUAAUUCUAGAGUAUCAUAACCAUUUGCAGCAGCUUGAAGGGAAUUCAAUUGUGCCAUGAAAUUUCUGCUGGUUUUGUACGCACUUAGCGUGCUUACAACUCCCGCAAAUGGAGGAGCGGUCCAGGAAACAUUGGACAUUAUUCGGGUGAUCCAAGAGGUGACCCACACCAUCCUCAAGUCGUGGGAUCUAAUCGAAAAGCUGCCGGUGGCGGAGAUCGCCGCGGGGGCCUUGAUUUACGACAAUCAGCGCGAGAUGAUGGAAAAGAUUGAGGUGGUGAACGAGAAUAUCCGGAGUAUGGAGCAGCAGCAGGCCAAGAACACCGCUCUGAUCAUGGAGACGCUGUUAAGGGAGAUGCAGGACAAGUCCCAGAUGCUUCACCGACUCAACCAGUUAAAGGACCUCACCAAGUAUAUUGAUCUCCGCUACGAGCAACUGGAGGGCUACGAGCAGCACAAGGACUCACUGGAGCCGACCACACUGGUGAAAUUCGCCAAGUGGAACGUGGAUCCUGGCUCCAAUUCGCUGCCCUGGUUGUUGAAACUACUUCACGACCUUCUUUACUCAGGUGACUCCUUGCUCUCGGGACUGACCGUCAGUUUUGAAACCUCUCCGGAUCAAAUGUGCCUGGCCAGGCAGUCCGCCCAGCAGUUCGCCUACCAGCUCUUCACCAAGGCAGCUUUCACGGAGCUGAAGGGUUACAGCAUGAUGGAGUUCUCCUGGAUGGUGCUGCGCGAGUCCGGGCGUGGGAACUUCACCCAGGAGCUGGAACUGAUGCGAGAGAACUACCAGAAACGCAUUCAACAUGCUCUGCAAGUACUCCAGAAGGUCGUCUCCAAAAGCAGCCGCCUCUACUGGCGCUGCGAUCCCGGAGAAGAUGGGCAUGUGGAGGGCAAAACCUAUGACCGCGUCACCCGCUUUCUGCAAGGCUUCGUGGAGAACGAGAUAAACCUGAAUGAGGGACAAAACUGCUGGGGCAGUUGCCCGGAGUACCAUGACACCCGCUCGUUUGGUUGCUAUCAACCGGAGGAGGAGUUCUGUGGCCAGCAACCCGCCUGCAAGGGCAGACUCUACAACUGCGACUUGGCCGAGUCGGAUAUGUCGAUCUGCCUGUCCCCCAACAACUCCUCAAGGCGCUAUAAGUACAUUGCACUAAACAAUAACGGUCACAACGAGGAUUGUAAUUCCGAGAUCAGGGAGCCAGCCUCCUGGUCGAGAUGGCUCGUUAUGCGCUGCCACUACUGUUUCUGCCUGUGCGAUGAACCAGGACCCUUGUCCGAUCGCUACUUUAAUCUGCGCGACUCCAUGUCGGAUUUUAAGCAGAACAAGGUUGUGACUGGAGUCAGGUUUGUGAAGAGCAACCGCGUCUUCCAUCUGCAGCUGCAGCAGGCCGAACUCCUGUCCCGAGGAUCUAUCAAUAUCACCUCGCUAGAAUGGCAACCUGUGGAAGCUUACAACGUGAGUGAUGUGGACAUUCGCGAUGGCUACGACUUCCACACCUUGAGCGUGGACAGCCGAGCCUUCGAUCUGGAUGAGAUCUCAGUCAACUCGACGGACCAAGUGGUGACCGGAGUGCGUUUCCGGAUCUUCAACAAACACCUGAACCUGGAGGUACGCUUCAGUUUCUUUAAUUUCUCCAACGGUAUUUUGAUCGAACCGCAGACGAAGAGCUAUUGGCUGGGCAACGAUAAUUCCCAUUUUGAGGGAAUCAGAAAGAAAAUGAUUUUAAAGGAGAGUGAUUUGCCCACUGCCUCUGAUUUGCCUUCGCUACCGCUCUCCAAAGAUAACCAGUUCUUGGAGUUUGUCAGCUCCAGUCAGCUGAAGGAUGCUUCCCAGAACACUUUGCCUUUUGUGGAUGUCCAGGAGGUGGUGCCUCAUCCAGCAGUUCCGCUCGCAGGAUUGGGAAUAUAUUACAAAGGUCGUCCUGGUUACGGGGGUUUCCUUGCCCCCAAAGUGGUAACGUUCGAUUUGACCAAAGUGGUUAUGGACCCACGUACCUAAAAAAGUGGAAAGAACAUAACUUGAAGAAUUCAUUUUUUAUCAAUAUAAAACGAAAUUUUGAAUACUAAGGUUAAUAUUCCUAAUAAGAAACAUGUGCCAAAAGAAAGAAAUAUGUACAUACAUAUGAUUGAGUGGUAAAAAAAGUAUAAGUAGUUUUGGUUCUUUUGUUUGCUAAUAUACGCAAUUUAUAAAAAUAAAAACAUUAAAAAGCUCUUAUCUAAUUGACAGUUAAAAUUAAAGUUUUGACUAAAUCAGAAUCUUUCUUUGAAUUUAACUGUGUUAUUUAAUUUAACCGAAAAUAAGUUUGAGACACAAAUAAACAUUCAAGCUACUUACCAAAAAUGUUAUUUUUAUUUUUCACAAUCUGUAAAGAAUCCGAUUAGGUGAAGUAUGUCUGUAUUUUUUGGAAACAUUACUCCUUUCUCUAAAAUGUUUAAUAAAAAAGUAAAACUUU